UGGUUACGAUUUUGUAGCUGAUAACGAGCUGAUUUUGAUAAGCUCAUUUAACUUGAUAACGUCACUUGUUAAACGCGGUGCGGUGUGGCGCGUGUGCAGUCUGCCAGUCUCGCUAGUCGUUGCGAAUUCGUCGCAAGUUUUGUUUGCGGAACCUUCUGCUAUUUAAUUCCAUUUACUAUUUACCAUUUUAAAAAUAAAUAAUGGCAGAGAAAAUACUGAAAAACCGAGUUUGCAUUAUCGGCUCUGGUAACUGGGGAUCUGCAAUUGCAAAGAUUGUGGGUCGCAAUGCUGCAAGACUGCCAAAUUUCGAAGACAGAGUUACUAUGUGGGUGUAUGAAGAGAUGAUUGAAGGCAAGAAAUUAACAGAGAUCAUCAAUGAGACCCAUGAAAAUGUAAAAUAUUUGCCUGGACAUAAACUUCCUCCUAAUGUGGUUGCCAUUCCAGAGGUGGUUGAUGCAGCGAAGGAUGCCGACCUCCUUAUUUUCGUAGUUCCCCACCAGUUUGUCAGAACUAUUUGUUCUACACUCCUCGGGAAGAUAAAGCCGACCGCAGCUGCACUUUCUUUGAUAAAGGGCUUCGAUAUCGCGGAAGGCGGUGGCAUUGACCUCAUUUCUCACAUUAUUACAAGGUGCCUCAAAAUCCCAUGUGCCGUAUUAAUGGGAGCUAACAUUGCGUCUGAGGUGGCUGAAGAGAAAUUCUGUGAGACUACUAUCGGAUGCCGAGACGUGAUGCUUGCACCCAUGAUGCGUGACAUCAUCCAAACUGAAUACUUUAGAGUAGUCGUUGUUGACGACGAAGAUGCCGUGGAAAUUUGUGGAGCACUGAAGAACAUUGUUGCUGUGGGAGCUGGUUUCGUGGACGGCCUUGGCUUUGGUGACAACACUAAAGCGGCUGUAAUCCGUCUAGGUCUAAUGGAAAUGAUCAAAUUCGUCGAUGUGUUCUACCCUGGCAGCAAGCUUAGCACUUUCUUCGAGUCCUGCGGAGUAGCUGAUCUCAUUACAACUUGUUAUGGUGGUAGGAACAGGAGGGUAGCUGAAGCCUUCGUUAAGACUGGCAGGUCUAUCAAAGAGCUAGAAGACGAGAUGUUGAAUGGCCAGAAACUUCAAGGACCAAUCACCGCGGAAGAAGUCAACCACAUGCUUGCCAACAAAAAUAUGGAGAACAAGUUCCCUCUGUUCACCGCCGUGUUCCGCAUCUGCCGAGGCGAGCUGAAGCCCAGCGACUUCAUUAACUGCAUCCGCAGCCAUCCAGAACACAUGAAACAGCCGACGCCCAAAUGCUCACUGUGACCAAAGUGAGGCGCCUUCAGAAUCAGUCAUCAACAUGAAACUGUUGCAUUUGUCGUCCGGCACGCAGCAUUAUUUUCACAUAACACACACAUCCACACCCACACACGUUAAUAUUUUUUCAAUUAGAAACGUUAACGCGCUUUCCGCCUUUGAGCUUAACGACCUGAUAGUCGUUAACAAAAUUGUAAAAAAAAUAAGGUGCUACCAACUUG